AUGAACCUUGUUGGAAGUAAGCGUAUUGUAUGGGGGAAGGAGCUGAACAGAUUUUCCCCCAUAGGCAACAGAAAAUUGCACAUUAAAAAUUCGCCAAAUGGAGAACCACAUGAAGAUAACAACAGUGGUAACCAUAUUAGUGAAGAAAAAAAAAAAAAUUAUAAUUUUUUCAAAAGUUUGUUUGUGGCAACAUUUUUCUUUUACACUUGCUAUGAGUGUUUGCACAUUAUGAAGGAUCAUGAACUGGUGAGGGAAAAAAUAAAACAGCUUCCAGGGUUGUCUAACUUUAUAGACUUAAAAAUAAUGCCUCUCCUAGUGUACUUGGAUGGAAUGGUUGACAAGAUUAAGGGGUACCUACUGCUGAUUGUAAAAAAUGGCAAUUAUUAUUCGCUUCAUUUGUGGCGCUCAUUAAAAGGGUUUAUCUCGAAGCGUGAUGACAAAAGCAGCAUUCUUGUCGGUCCGGUUGAAAAGCGGGAUUUGUCCGAGCAAGUUUCUUCGCUCAAGGGGGAGAGCAGCGUAGAUGUUGCUGGUGAAGGUGGUGAUGGUGAAGCAGGUACCGUUGGCACCGCUCCUACCGCAAACGUCCCCGAAGAUAAUUUUAAGGACGCCCACAUUAAGGAGAAACCCUCCAGUGAACUGCACUCACUUAUCAGCUUUGAUGAGGGGGUGCAUGGGGUUAAUAACAUGCCGGAAGAGGGGACCCAUUACGAGGGCCUUCCCAUACAAGGGACGCUGAAGGAAACGGAAGAUGCGAAUCCAGUUAUGGAGACUUCUCUUAAUGGCAACAUAGAGGAGCAUCCCCCAAGUGAUGACAUAAAACUUGUCAUGGAUCUGCUGAACAAAGUAAACUCACCCGAGGGGAACGAAGAGGAAAAUGUUCCUAAUUUAUAUGGUGAUGAUUUUACCAACCGUUGCCCCAUCGAUGGGUACGACGGCAUGAGGACGGGGCAAACUACCAUUGGGAAUAUAUCCGAUGGUGAAGUGACUGCUCAUGGAGAGGACGAAAUUGGUGGCACAGAAGAUAUGCUGCUAGUUGGACAAGUGGAAGAAAUGGAAAGGGGGACGCAUGGGCAUGACAAUCCGAAUGGAUAUAUUUCUGCAGAUGGGGAUGAUAGCAGUAAAGGGAAGUAUGACCGUGCUGAUGUGCCGCCAAUUUGGGAAGCGCAGCAACCCCCCUUAACCAGCAGUGUCGAGGAGACCCAAAAAUUAUUCGCAGAUGGAGCGUUUACUGUAACGGAAGAGACGCACGAUGAGGAGAACAGAGAGGAAUGUUACACUAAUACGCAUAGACAAAGCGCGCAAAACUUAAUAGAAGGUAAAGAAGUGUGCAGAGAAGGGCAGAAAAAGGAUGAAGACGAAGAGAAACAAAGUACGUACGAGAUAGAUGCGGAAAUUUCACCCCCAAGUGAUUAUAACCCCAUCGAAGAGGAAGACACAACUGAGGGAUGCGAACCGUGGGCAGAGGCAAAGGGCAGUAAUCAUAGUGACGAUCAGUACAAUCCUAACGCACCACAGAGGAACCCCCAGAGUGGCAAACGCAUCAAAGCAGUAAUAGCAGAGGGACAAUUGGAAAUCCCGCUGAUCGAUAGGGAGGUAAAAGGAAUUGUAAAAAGUGAAGUUCAAAAAUUUAAAGGCGAAAUUGAAGACCUAUCCAAAGAAGAGCUAAAGGAUAAAAUAAUCACCAUGUUCUUAAACGAGUUGAUAACAAAAAAAUAUAAAAACAUAUUGAUGGAGGAAGAAAAGGAAGCACUGAAAAGGGUCCUGACGGUUAAGUAUAAUGAUAUAUAUCUGAGAGAAAAAAAAAAAAUGAAAAAAAAAUUACACAAAUGUAUUAGGAAGAAACUAAAGGAGGCAGAAAUGCUGCUAAAGAAGAGUUACGAAAGCGAAAAGGAAAUAUUUUCACGUCUAAUGAGAAAUCAAAAAAAGGAAGAGGUCAAAAUGGAAAAAAAUAAAAUAGCAGAUGAAUUAAAUAGGGUCAGGGAAAACUACCUCAGUAAAAUAAAUUCCUACGCAUGUGAUGUUGAUGCUAUGAAGGACAAUCACUUUAGGGAGAAAGUGAAAAUGGAGAAACUAGAGACUAUAAACGAUAUACAAAAUAAACUGGUUUAUUUGCAGAACUGUAUUAUUCAAGAUUUAUCCAUUGAAUCUAUUUUAACAGAUUUAAAAAGAUACUUUAAAAAAGAUCCAUUCCUGGACACGGUAUUCACUACGCUGCCGGAUAACUUCUUCUCCCAUACAUUCAAACCGACACCGAACAACAUGGAAAAAAUGAAAAAAGAAUUUUACAUUUUAUACAAAGAAGGGGUGAAAGAAGCUUUCACACAACAUAAUGAGAAUUAUUUGUUAAAAAAAAUCAUGGGUAGGGUUGCUUCCUUUUUUUACUUAAAUUAUGAACCGAAAAUGAGCAUCCUUUUGCAUCGGGCACUGAAGGAUGAUUGUGCUUUAAAAUCUAACUUGGUACAUUUGUCAUACGCCUUAAGUAGCGUGCAACAAAAUCAGUUUGUCGAUGCUCUGCGCUAUAUUGAUGAGCUCACCGGCACCUGCAAAAAUACGUUUUUGCCCUUCAGCGAGCACGUCAGAAAUGUGGUUCUCUUCAGAUACUACUUGCGGCUCGCUGUGUCCCGGCUGAUGCUGGUCGGCAAGGCCUUGCGCCAGGUGGAGUAG